CCCGUUACGCGUCGCGCAUCAAACUUCAAGUUCCAGCCAACCCAGCUCCGGAGCGACAACAAUCCAGCUUCGACAAAUUCCGUCUUGGUUCAGACAUCGUCACGACAGUAAGCCUCCUGUGGGAGCCUGCUGACGAACCGCCCAAGACGAUCUUCGAUCGGCGUGCCACCAAGCCGCCCUGUCUAACCGCCCGCCAAGAGCGUGGGCCACCCAUCACCGUCGCUAAGAAAGAGCGACGUCCUUCCCGAAAUUGCUGCAUCCAGUGGUCCAGCCGGCCAAUCGCCCCGUCAUCAAGUCCUGUGGGCCUGCCGAGCUACCCAUCGCUGCAAUCUUCACUCCCUCGUCGUGUGCCGCUGCCCUGCCGUGCCACUCCGAGUCCUCGCUACGCCGUUCCUGUACGUCUCGUAGUUCCUGUGUCAACGAUGCACCUUCCGCUCGUGAUCCUGCUGAUUCUGUCAGCACAACCGCCGGUCACAUGCGAUUACGUCACCACGAUCGUAUCAAGCUCAGGGCUGUACUUCGAUAAACUGUUAGAUGUCAAGUUCAUCAAUAGUUAUUGGAAAGUAGUUACUUAUCUCGAUAUAGGGCACAUAAAUCCUAACCUUGACAAAGUAGAAGUUUUAUUUGAGAAAAUCACUGCAUACUGUAAUUCUUUUGCAUCAUCUAAGAUUAACUCUGAAUGUACUAACUCGCUCACUGCACUUCGAAAUCAACAUCUUGACAAUGUGAAUAAAUUCUCAUCUGUAUCCUAUUUACUCUCAGAUGAUGAACCCAAAGGGCGUGUAAAAAGAGGUCUCAUUGAUUUCGGCGGAUCACUUCUCAAAACAUUUUUUGGCACAUUAGACACCGAAGAUGCAGUUAAAUUCUCUCAGGCAAUCAACGAUGUACAGUCAGACGAAAAAAAAUUAGCUUACCUCAUGAAAGAUAAUAUUCAUGUUAUAAAAUCAACUAUUUCCUCUUUUAACAACUCAAUAUCGAAAGUAAACGAAAACGAAAAACAUCUUAUGAAAAACAUGGAGGUCAUUCACAACAUCUUAGAAAACGUCUCAAACAGCAAUGAUAAACUAGAGAUUAAAUCUCAGAUAAAUUCACUGUUAACUUCACUCGAGUCUAUAAUUUUAACAUUAUCUUUUGACAUUGACGAUGUUAACAACGCUAUUUUAUUUGCCAAGUUAAAUGUCCUGCAUCCAACUGUACUCAAUCCUUAUCAAUUGUAUAGCGAAUUAGAUAAACAUAGGAACAGCCUCCCAAAGCAUUCUGAGCUCCCAGUGUCCUUGACCCUACAGAACAUUCACGAACUUAUUGAUAUUUCUAAAUUGAUUUGUUUUUAUCACUUAAAUAAGAUUAUAAUCAUAGUAAAUAUUCCUCUAGUUUUACCACAAGUAUACAACCUUCAUAAUGUUAUCCCAUUACCAGCACCAUAUGAUAUCUCGAAACCCGAUACAUUCGUACUCAUCGCUCCAAACACGCCGUAUAUUGCGAUAACAGGUGAUCAUAUGUUUUACUCUCAAAUCAGAGACUUAAGUGAGUGCAAAAUGAUUAGUGAAAAGUGCUAUGUGUGUGAAUUAGUGAACGUGUAUUCUACAAUUGCAAACCCGACCUGUGAGACAAUUUUGCUCACAGAGAUUGUUAACAGGCUACCCGAUAAUUGUAAUGUUAAGUUGCUACAUGGGUCCGUGGACGUGUUUCAUAAGCUAACAAACAACCGCUGGCUAUUCGUGCAAUCAGAACCUGGCAAAUGCCAUAUCAGUUGUGACAGUCAAUCCGACGAUCCUAACGUAAUUUUAUUUGGUACUGGUAUUUUAACUAUCCCUAAAAACUGUAAAGCUUUUUAUAAAACUCUACAAUUCAUCCCCACAGGUGAAACAGUUAUUAAGAACAUCUCAAACACGAUUUCCAAUUUUAAUAUCAUUUUAGAUGACUGUUGCGAAAAAGCAAAACAUAACAGAACAUUAAAUAAAUUGCCGUUUUCCAAAUUAGAGAAUGUGAACAACUUAGAUUCGCUACUACACGCCAGUUUACACCUAGACUCGUUAGAGCAAGACCUCAACAAAUUAGAUAAUCCUUCACAUCUCGAACGUUAUGGUAUACAUUACAUUUCAGUCAGCUAUUUUAUCAGUGGUAUUUUCUUAAUUUAUAUUAUAUACAGAAACAGACGGCUCUUUUGUAAAAGUAAUAGAAAUCAACGUUGUUGCAUUCAAAUCUUUAACCAGUGUAACAAUAAAAAGUCUGUAAAAACCACACAGAGCAUUCGGGAUGUGGAAGAUUCGUCCGGCUCUGACGAGCACGAACCUAGAUCAACUCCAUCUCCGAUGAGGAGGAAUAUCAUAAUAGCUCAGCCAGCACUUCACGCCCAUGUUAGAGAAUAAGUUAGUUUUAAGUUUUUUGUUAAUAAUUUUAGUAGUAGAAAUAGCACCCGGCAUUAAUCCUAAAUUACAUUAAAUCUUUUUUUUUUAUAUACAUUUAUCUCGUUAAAUAUUUUCUGGUCCAAUAAUUUUAAAAUAAAAAUGUCCGGUGCUAUCGCUACAAUGUUCGCAAACGGCAGUCCAAACAAAAUAAUUCUUAAUCUCUCAUCUCUUAAGAUGUGAUGAGAGAUCUUAAUGGGGGGGUUGUUAUAUCGGAAUUUACAUUACUAAAUAUAAAAAUAAAAAUUGAUGACACAGAGCUUCUAUUGCAUUGACGUCAAUACAAUAGAAGCCCUACGUUUCCUUGCCAAUAAAAUUUACUUGAUAAUUAGUUGGGUUUGGACCGUCGCGCGCGCAACAUUUAUUCGGGGAAUUUUUGUCAUUUACUUUCUUAGUUAAUUAAAUUUUUCAAGUGUAGUAA